AUUGACAUUGAUUAUCCCUUUAAAUUUCCGUGCAGUCCUUCAAUAGGAUUCUGUGAGCCCGAUUUUUCUAAUUUCCUAAGUGCCAUUUCAGCACGGUCAGAUAGUAAUAGUUUAUUAACAAUUACGGCAGGCCAAUAUCCUAUAAGGGGCAUCAACCCAAAUAUCAUUAAUUUUAUAAAUAUUCAG